AUGGAUCCAUCAGAAAAUGCAGUAAUUUUAAAGAUGGUAAUUUCACUACAUACAAAUACCUCCAUUUACUGGAUUGGUCUGAAUGACACAUCUGGAACAUUUCUUCAUGCAUCAUGGAUUAGUAGCAAUCAUGCUAUCGGUAACUGGAUUCCUUGGGUGCCUAACUUCGUAGUUGAUACAACAAAAUUAUGCGCUGGAAGCAUACCAACACCAUCUACAUUAAAUUGGCUUAAUUUAAAUUGCUCCGAUCAGCACUUUUUCAUUUGUCAGCUAGAUUUAAGCACUCCCAACGAUUUGUCCAAUUCUACGUUUGCAUCCUAUAUUAUGUGGGGCUAUCCAUUACCUCCAGAUGAGAAUACUUGCAAACCACCCGAUUCUAGAUUUAGCAAUACCUGCUUCAGCUUUCAUAAGCAUUUGCUUACAUGGUCAUUAUCCAGGGAUUAUUGUGCCCUUGCUGGAAAGCAAUUAGUUCAAUUUGAAUCAAUGGAGAAAUUGCAAGCAAUAAAAUCACUUAUAACUUUCCAUACUGAAACAUGGAUAGGAUUAAUAAGCACUAUAGGAUAUCCAGUGCAAACAGAUGAUUUUUCCUGGAUAUUUCGAGAUCCCUAUAAUCCUUAUCCAACAUUUUCUAACUGGGAAAAAUUCGUUCCUGUCGACAUAUAUAAUCCCCAAACUGGUCUAUGUGUAACCAUGAAAAGUGAUUCCUUGAAAUGGAAUAACAGAAGAUGCACAUCUCUGUAUCCAUUCAUUUGUCAACAAGAAUUGGCAUGCCCUACUGGCUGGAGACAAUUUGAAGGAAAAUGCUAUAUGAUCGUUGAUACAGCAUAUUCUUCUUGGCAAGACGCGUUUGCUCAUUGCCAGCAAUAUAGUAGCGGUUUAGCUAUUAUAAGAAACAAAAAUGAACUGAAACUUAUCGAAAACUUUACUCUAUCAGUCAACAAGUCCAUAUGGAUAGCUUUAAAAGCAAAUCGUAGUAGUUUGCAAUGGAUCGAUAGGCAUACUCUAUUUAUUGAUAGGAUCCCAAGUCUACUAGAACUGUGCCUUGUGGGUUGUAUUGUUAAUGGAAAUAUUUCCUGGCGUCUAGAGGAAUGUUAUUUUGCUUAUAAUUAUUACCCAUUAUGUCAAAAAGCGGCAAAGACAAUACCCGCUCCUAUUCCCCAGGCGCUGCAGAAUUUGACAGCUGAUAAUAUCACCGAAUCCAUCGGGAAAUAUUAUUUUCCUACAUGUCCUUACAAUUGGAUGUACCACAAUAAGCAUUGCUACCGCCUGACUACUACCAUUGGUACCUAUUCACAAGGAGAAACUGAAUGUCAUAAAGGUAUAUUAGCCUAUCCGGCUAUUAUGAGCAUGAUUGAAACUGAAUUAGUUGUCAGCUCAUUGCUGCACGACGGAAAUGAAGCUUGGAUAGGAUUGCAAUUUCAGUCAAACACUUUUAAAUGGUAUGGAAAUAAAGCAGCUUAUAAUUAUAGCAACUGGGAUCUUAGCCAACCUAAUUUAUUACAAGAACAAAACUGUGCCGUUUUAAAGAGAACCGGUGCAGAUUCAGCUUACUGGUACCGCCGGCAGUGUAAUUCCACAUCUGCCACUCUAUGCGAAAAAGGUACUGUUCAUCUCUAUUGCCCAAAAUACUGGACUCUCAAUGGCUCUAGUUGUGUUAAAGUAACCUAUCUGUCCAUGAGUUUCUAUGAAGCACGUGGAUUAUGUGGCUAUCAUCGAUCAGAUCUGAUUACGCUAGCCUCUGCGUCUACGGAAAAUUUUAUCCUAGAUUUUUUAUCAGAUAAAGCUAGCCGUAAUUCGCUCGGAUUAUCUGAUCAAUCAUUUUGGAUUGGUUUAUAUAAAUCGAAUAACAUAUUUCGAUGGCUGCAAGAUGUUUCUGUACUGGAAAACUAUGAAAAAUUGGACAAUAACCCUGGUAAUUACUAUUAUCGAUGUGUUGCAUUGAAGUUUAGCUCUGUGAAUAAGACAUGGAUUUGGGCUAGAGUGGACUGCUUGAGCCAUCGAGCUUAUCCGAUAUGCAGAAAGAUCAUAGGCUCGCCAGCACAGCUAGCUGCAACAAGUUCAUUAGCCGCAUCAACUUCUAAAUUUUUCUCUUCUUAUUCCAAUACUAUAAACGAUUAUUAUGCUGAUUCCUACUCCCUAAAUGCAAAGUUUGAUGCUAUGAUAGAUAAUUAUGAUUAUAGUGACUAUGGCUACGAUGACUAUGAUGAUGUGGUUGAUAAUACUGGACUCUAUCUAGCACAAGCGUUAAAGCCAAAUCAGAGUUCUAUCCUAGUCUCCUAUUACAAUAAAAGAUUAGAAAGGCUUUCUGAUGACGAUAUUUACGUUGAUAUGAGAAGUAAACUGCAAGAUGCGCCUUUUAUGGAUGACUUUGAUUACCCUUUGAGUGUUAAUGUUCCUACAUCAGCAAUAUCCAAGGAAUUAAAUGGAAAAUUCCGCAUGGCGGUGGGAAUAUAUGAGACUAGAUCGAAUCAGAAGGCAAAUAGCUUACAACAGCAGCCAUUAAAGUAUACUAUUUCAUGCAGUAUCCGACCUCUCAUGAAAGGAAAGCUUAAGAAUCCCGUUGUUUUCAAUUUUAAAAUUAAUCAGAAUGAUAAUGCAAAACCAACAUGUGCCUACUGGAAAAAGAGUUUUUGGGCAACCGAUGGAUUAGAAAUGAAAAUACCUAAUGAGACAAUCGUGCAGUGUCUAUCUUAUCAUUUAACCAGUUUCUCUGUUCUGUUACAAUUUAAUAACUUUACGAAAAUUUUAAGUAUGAUGACCUACACUGGUUUAUCAAUGUCUUUGAUCUGUCUUAUGGUUACAUUUAUCACCUUCACUGCUUUUGGGCGAUUUCACAGCAUACGUGGUCUUGUACAUGCCAACUUGUCAGCAUCAAUGAUUAUUUCCACCAUUAUAUUUAUUAUUGGUAUUCAGUGGACAGAGCAUCGGAUAUUAUGCCAGUUUAUAGCAAUUAUCCUUCAAUUUUCGCUUCUGGCAUCUUUCACUUGGAUGUUAAUUGAAGGCAUAGUAACAUUUAAAAUGUCCGUCAACUGGCUAGAAAAACAAUCUUCCGUAGUUGCCUACAUAAUGAUUGGAUGGGGUAUACCAUGUGUUAUUGUUCUGAGCACUUUUCUUACUAAAAGCGAGUAUUAUGGGUCAUCGAAAUAUUGCUGGAUUGAACCUGGCAAUCAUCUAUUCUUGAUUUUUGGAAUUCCUGUUCUGGUCAUUAUAGGUAUGAACCUAAUCCUAAUGGCCCUAAUUACUAAAUCGUUAAUUGGAAUUCGUGCUGUUGCUAACAUGUCUAACUUACAGAAAGUUAGAGUAUCAUUUCGUGCCUCUGUCGCUUUGGUACCCUUACUAGGAAUUACUUGGACCUUGGGCUUUCUAUCAUUGAAUAACACCACACUUGUAUUUUCUUAUCUGUUUGUAAUCUUAAAUUCCUUACAGGGUGUUUCCUUAUUUUACUUUCACUGCUAUAAUUACAAGGGAGUUAAAAAAUUUUAUCUGAGUUGGUUUAAGCUAAGUAAAUUUCCAACAUCUUCCGUAAAGGUUUCAGAUACCGCUAGUAGAGGAAAUUUUAAGCGAGCAAAAUCUGCGUGGUCAAAUUAA